AUGGAUUAAAGAAUUCGUUUGAUUCAAGCAGAUCCAACAAAUUUCUCAAUCGAUAGAAUUUAUUCAAUAUUCUGGAAUACGAUUUCAAAAACAAGAAAUUAUUCUCCGAAUUAAAAUAGUUUUAUUUGCCCUCACACUAUUUAAAUUGAAUUAUCACAAAAUGAAGAUCGAAUAUUUUAUUAGCCUUAAAGUUGUAAUGAUUGCCCAUAAAAUUAAUUUAGAGUAAUCUACAAUUAGUACAAAUAUAAAUAUAUGAUUUGCGGGAUACUUUAUUUUUUAUUGGAAGGUAAUAAUAACCUAAACUAAUAUUACGAAAGUUAAGAGUUCUUUUUCUUCUAAAAUUUAUAUGGAUACUACAAUUUAAACAAAUAUUAUUUGAGAUCAAUUUGUUAAAUUUUUAGAGAACAGGAAUUUUAGUAAAAAUUAUAAAUUGUCAACCAAAUGACUUAGGCUUAGAGGCCCAUAAUUGCAGGCCAAUUUCAACUAACAAGAUACUGUGUCCUUAUCAUUUCUCCUUGUUUAGGAACUCCAUAAUUUAGAGAAUAAGAAGAAAAUAGUACAUUUUAUUUGCUAAGUUUCUAAAAUUUCUUGUAAGACCUUCAAUAAAUUUCCAUUCAAAUAGGGCAUGAGAAUGUGCCUCCUCCUUGUCUCCACAAUACAUUCAUUAGUUAAAGAUACCAUCACUUUUUUAAUUUACAUAUUAAUAUUUAUCAAACCAAUCCAAUUUGUAGAUGCUUGAAUAAUUAAAUGGGAACAAUUUUAUAUGCCUUAUUAACUGGAGAAGAAUAUAUUGAUGGGAAUCAAGGGGAUGACGAUUAAAUUAUAGAUGAUGAAUUAAUAAGGUUUUCAAAAAAUCUUAUAUACGAAAAUUAGUUCAAUAGUUCUUAUGAGUAGUUUAGUUAAUAUUAAGAAAUUAUAAAAAGCAUUGUACGAUUUAGAAGUUCCAAUUCCAUCAUUUUAGGAAACGCAAUUGAUGCAAGUUUUUAUGCUUAUCAGUUAACUCGUAAUUUAAUACAUAUUGAAUAAAAAAACCUUUGGAAAUAUUAUAAAAUUUUAUUUUUGUAGGAAAUGAUUGAAUUAUUAGAAAAUAAAAUAAUAAGUCAACUUUUAUAUUCAGGGUUCCUAUGUGAAUAGCUAUUCUAAUUAAAAGGAACAUAAAUUUAGAGAAUAAAUGCUUAUCUUGUAGAUUCGAAUAGCUCAAUUUUGUCAGAAAUUUUAAGCAAUUAUAGUUAAUAAUAAAGUGGGGCAUCCCAAAUCGAACAACAACAUUAAAUUCAGGAAAAUAAUAAUGAAUUUCCUUAAUUAUUUGUGACAAGAUAGGUGCUUUUUCAACAGUUUUCCAAUGUGAUUGCAUUUGAUAGUCCGCAGAAUUAAUUCUUUAGAAAUAAGUUUGAAGCAGCUGAUUUUAAUUAUCGUACGAUUAUUGAAUUUGAAGAGAAGCUCAAAGAUGAAUUAAUAUCAGUAUGA